GGGAAGGUUUCCAAUGAUGUCCAAAUCUGGCUGCAGGUGGAGUGUCCCAGCCUAUAGCCAAGAUGUGGCCGUCCGUGUCCAUCCUCUGUGUCCUGGUGGCCUUCACCAAUGCUCGCAGCAUUCGUCACUACCCUCCUCUCUCCAGCGACUUGGUCAACCACAUAAACAAGCUCAACACCACCUGGAAGGCAGGGCACAACUUCCACAAGGCUGACAUGAGCUAUGUGAAGAAGCUCUGCGGCACCUUCCUGGGUGGGCCCAGGCUCCCUGAGAGGGUGGAUUUUGCUGCAGACAUGGAGCUGCCUGAUACCUUUGACUCACGGACACAGUGGCCUAACUGCCCUACCAUCAGUGAGAUAAGAGACCAGGGGUCUUGUGGCUCUUGCUGGGCUUUUGGUGCUGUAGAAGCGAUUUCAGACAGGAUCUGUGUUCACACGAACGCCAAGGUGAGCGUGGAGGUCUCGGCGGAGGACUUGCUGUCGUGCUGCGGCUUCGAGUGCGGCAUGGGGUGCAAUGGUGGUUAUCCUGCUGGUGCAUGGAGGUACUGGACAGAAAGGGGCCUGGUGUCUGGAGGUCUCUACGAUUCCCAUGUGGGCUGCCGUCCCUACUCCAUCCCACCCUGUGAACACCACGUCAAUGGCUCCCGGCCACCCUGUACUGGGGAGGGAGGAGAAACCCCGAGGUGCAGCCGGCACUGCGAGCCUGGAUACUCACCUUCCUACAAGGAGGACAAGCACUACGGCAUCACCUCCUAUGGCGUCCCUCGCAGUGAGAAGGAAAUAAUGGCUGAGAUCUACAAGAAUGGCCCAGUGGAAGGAGCCUUUAUUGUCUAUGAGGACUUCCUGAUGUACAAGUCUGGGGUCUACCAGCACGUGUCUGGUGAGCAGGUUGGAGGCCACGCCAUCCGGCUCCUGGGCUGGGGUGUGGAUAACGGCACUCCUUACUGGCUGGCUGCUAACUCCUGGAACACCGACUGGGGCGACAACGGCUUCUUCAAGAUCCUGCGAGGAGAGGACCACUGUGGCAUCGAAUCUGAGAUUGUGGCCGGUGUCCCCAGGACGGAGCAGUACUGGAAGAGGAUGUAACUUGAUCAAACAACCCUGGGUCCCCGAUGCUUUUAACUGAUAGUGGGUUGGGUGCAGAGCCCCCCCUUCUAAGAGACUAUAGUUGAGGUUACUUUAUUAAAGCUUUUUAUCUUUUUUUU